AUGUCUCUGAACGGGCUCGACGAUGUCAAGGUAGCCGAAGCGUACCAGGGCGCCCUCGCCGAGGCGGGAGGAUGGUUCCUGCUCAAGUACGCUUCACGAGACGAGGUCGACGUGCUCACCCGCGGCACCGGCGGAGCAGCAGAGGCUCGCGGCGCCAUCGCGCACUACGAGGAGAGGUCGCCGCUGUACGGCUUCUUGCUAUACCGCCGGCGCAAGGUCUUGAUCAAAUAUGUGCCCGAGGGGACGUCGCGGCUACUACAAGCCCGCGUUGCCGUUCAUUUCACAGCUGUCACCGAAAAGUUCACCCCGCACGACUCCAUAAUCUCUGUUACUACCGCCGAAGAGCUCAGCGACGCCGCCCUCACUUCUGCGUGCUCCCUGCACACCGCCGCGCCGUCGAGCUGCUCCUCCAGCGGCUCGUCGAAGCGCCACAAGCUGGACGAGAUUACAGAAGAUGCCGAGGAAGGGCAGAGUAACGCAGGUGAUUCCGCCGAGACAGCAAGACCAGUGACCGCCGCGUCGUCUAAACCGGUGAUUGUGGAGCCCGCUGCGAAGAGCGAAGAUGCAGAGGGGACAAAUACUGCUACAGCGGCACAAGAGACAAAAGCCGCGGAGGGCACCAAAGGCACGCCUGAGCUGUCCCACGUAACGAUUGAGACGGUGACGGAGACAAAGGAGCAGGUGGAUCCCAAGGCAGCAAGCCACAGAGACAGCUUCAAGAAUUACGACUCACUGUUCGAGCAUGGCCCCGAUCCGCGCAUGUCCUCUCAGACCGCACGACCAGCCCUCGCCGACCUGUACGCCGAGAUUUAUGCGCAAUAUAGCAAGCCCAAGGUGAAGCUGGGCCCGAGGCCAAAGCAAUCACUGGAUAUCAAGCGCCCCCAUACUUCUGGUGAUGGCGUUCAAGGCGCAUCAAGGCCCGUCUCGUCCUUGCCGCCAGGGCUACGAGCUGGAAAUCGGAAAAAGGCGGAGCCGAAACGCCCAAAGUCGAGAGACACCAGCAUUGUACCCAGCAUCGCUUUCUCUGCGCCACCUCCCGUUCCUGCUAUCCCCGACAUGCCCUCCUCACCGUCCUAUCUACCGAAGGGUCCGGCCAGCGUCAAGUCCAUGCCUAUCAAUGCACACAGUAGCCGCAACCACAGGUCCACAGGCAUUACGCCAGAAAAACAGAGGUUGAUGAAGGCUUUGGAGCUGCGGAAGAAACAAAUGAAGGCUCUGAAAGAGAGGGAAGCGAAAGCAGCUGAGGCCGCGGCUGAGAGUGCGGAUACUGGCGCUGGGGCCGAAGCUAAGGACUCUGAGAUACCGGCCGAGAAGAGCUCUCCCGAGCAAACGGCGCAAGUGGAGGAGGACCGCACCGCCUCUAAGUCCGAGGUGGAGCCAGCAACCUCGCAGGAUGUAGUCGAGGAGAUUGCGUCAAACCAGGGAGGCUUAAUUACUGACGAAACCAAACCCCCGUCUGGUCAGGAAGACCAGAGCGCGGAAGUGACCGCCGCCCAGACGGAGACGGAUGACCUACAUUCUGCUGCUUCCGCUUCUUCGCCGACAUCUGCGCAAACUCAGGGAUCAUCCUGCGCCCCCUCCACAAGGCCUUCCUCGAUAUCGGAAGAUGAUCACCAUGCACCUGCAGACGAGACGAAGCCUGUCGACACCGAAACGAGCUUGGGAGCAGGAGAUGAGAAACCCACAGGGUCGUCCGAAAAGGAGGAUGAAGAAGACUCCAUCGAAAGCUCCCCGACGGUCGUCCCAGAAAAUCGGACGCCUGUCCCUUCGGUGAAGAUCUCAAGCCAGCCCGAAGAACCAGCACCAGCGACGUUGACCCCUACCCCUGAUUCAGAUGCUUUUUUAUCCCGGAGAAGCAAGAGAGAAUCCAUGGUCCUUAUGCCGCCAACCGAUCCGGAAGAUCCGCGAUCGCGGAGGAAGUCCAACCGAGAAUCCAUGAUAUACAUGCCACUACCUGAGACCCCAGGACAGGAUGAGGCGCAAAGCAGGAAACAGAAAAGGGAGUCUAUGAUUCUGACAGCACCGAUAGGCCAAAGCUUCCUGGAGGGCAAGGACAAGCGCCGCGCUGUGAUCGAUCCGGUCCAUCUAAGCGCUGAAAAUUCCGAAGCCGAGUACCUGUCUGAUGAUUCCUUCAUGGAGGAAUUGCAGAGCGCGAAGCUGGAGGAAGCCAAGCCAAUAUCCGUUUCCAAGUCGCCCAUAACGCCUUUCUUUCCUCGGAAAGCGUCCGUAUCCGAAUAUUCCAUCCUCGAAAGGUCAUCAUCGCAGCAGUAUAUCAAACCUGGUCGCCUCACGCCAGAGCAGCCUAGCUCCCGCAAAUCCUCCGGACCUUGGCUAACCCAUGCCAACACGGAUACCGUGGUGACGGCGAAGAAGAUCAACGUCUCAUCAGGCAUCUCACAGAGAAUCAAGGCCCUUGCAGAGAAAUCCAACAGGGACUCGUCAGCUUCAGUAAGUCCAGUUGCGACGCCCGACGCCAGUAAUUCGAUUGUUGCCCAACGCAAAUCGUCAUUCUUCUCAACACCCCCCUCUGGAAACUCCCCAGAAGGGAAGCCCAUUCAGCGUCUUAGUCGUGCUUCCUUUGCCAAUAGAGCCACUUCACCAACGCCUAACAAAAAGCCUGUGUUGCAGCCACCGCCCAAGACUAUCGAACUGAAUCAGCCAACGGUGUACAACAAGCAGAAAGGGUCCCAGAAGCCCGAAUCUGUCCAAGUCACGGCCCGCAUCGUACGAGACGCGCGAGUUCAGAAGCCUACCUUGACGAUGCCGACCGAAAACACCCCGCUGGAGCUGCAUCAGAGCCCGAUCAUCAUCGAUCACCAAAGGUUGAUGCGGCCGCCCUCUAGCACGAAGCAUAGCCCCACGAAGGCCGAACCCACGUCUCCGAGGCCUCCUUCAUCGUCUCAUUCCAGAGAAGCAAGCUCUUCCGCGCUCCCUCGAUCAUCUUCUGAAAGCAGUUGGCGGUCAUUCGGUCGUCGACUUAGCGAGUCAAGAUCACCCGGAGCACCUCCACGCAGUAUGUCCAUUUACAGCUUCGAGAGUGGCGACGAGAAGCGCGAGGAGAAGAAGGAGAAGAAAGACUCUAGGACGAGUAAAUUGUUCAAGCGUAUGUCGUCCAUCUCCUCGAUCUCUCGGAAGAACUCGGCCGCCAGCGCAACCCUUCCCGAAGAGGACUUUUUGUCCACUCUACCCUCGCUUCGCGAACCUCCACCACCUGUCCAGGUUGGUGACCUCAACAUCCAAUUCCCGGAUACCCUGCUAUGGAAACGGAGAUGGGUGGAGGUUGACACCAUGGGAAAUCUAGUCCUAAGUCUCUCUAGAUCGAACGAGCAAUCGAAAGGCAUCAUCAAGCGCUUCCACCUGACCGAAUUCCGGACGCCGUAUGCACCGGACCCGGAUAGACAAGAACUACCUAACAGUGUCGUAUUCGACUUCGUCGACGGGCGGACCCUACAGUGCGCUUGUGAGACUUUUAUUGCUCAGGCCCAGGUUCUCCAGAUACUGCGGGAAGCACACGACGCCUGGGUCGCCUACAACCAAGGACAAUAAUCUCUCUUCAACAUUCAAAGUAUCGUCUUCUUUAAUUGCUUAGACACGGCCUGCUACUUCUUCCAUGAUUUCGAUUCCUUUGCAACCAACCAUACCCAGGCUUCCAUCUUCUUUUCGUUGCUUUCUUUUCCCCCACGAUCCCUUUCCAAGACAUGACCGUAUGACCUCGAUACCGCCUCCUGUGCCUUUUCUUUUGUUGGUAAUGCAAUUGCAUCGGGGGUUUGAGUUGUGAUUCCCGCAGGCUCGAUUUAUCAUGCAGGAAGCGAAAAAGAAGGGGUCGCCAUUCGUUUGGGUCCAGGUUGCAUACGCUAUUUGCCUUCAGUCUUGACGAGAUGUCUCACAUAAAGAUGUCUCGCCUUUCUC